AUGUCGGUAACUUCAAAGGCCCAGUCUGCCGCUCUGCCAGGGGCGCGAUCGUUCGACUUUUUACUAAGAAAACUCUGUAAACAAAAUAAGUCGGAUUCCAGCCGUCUUCAUGAGGAUAUCGGUGACAAGUCUGGCCCUGAGAUCAUGGUGGCUCCCGAUUCCGAGGCUCCUUCGAAUCCUCGGAUAACGGCUGCACACGAGAGCCCCUGCGCCACCGAGGCGCGCCACAGUGCUGAUCUUUAUAUACGUACCAGCUGGGUCGAUGCCGCUCUAGCUCUCUCCGAACUCGAAAAGGGCAAUAUCGAAGGGGGAAGGACCUCACUGUGGAUACGAGCGUGGCUACAAGAGCAGCUGUUUAUUUUGGGCUGCUUUCUUCAGGGGGACGCAGGAAAAGUCCUUUUUGUCGCUAUCCUCGUCCUUUCGACGUUCUGCGUCGGUCUUAAGUCUGCUCAAAUACAUACGCGAAUCGACCAACUUUGGGUUCAAGAGGGUGGUAGGUUAGAAGCGGAGUUGAAGUAUACAGCACAAGCUUUAGGCGAGGCAGAUUCUUCGACGCACCAACUUGUAAUACAAACUGCCAAAGAUCCAGACGUAUCUUUGCUGCACGCAGGCGCGUUACUCGAACACCUUAAGGUGGUGCACGCAGCAACAAGGGUGACAAUUCACAUGUACGAUAUCGAGUGGCGACUCAAAGACCUGUGUUACAGUCCAAGCAUACCAGACUUUGAAGGUUACCACCACAUAGAAUCAAUCAUCGAUAACGUCAUUCCUUGCGCAAUCAUCACCCCUCUUGAUUGUUUCUGGGAGGGUUCCAAAUUGCUUGGUCCAGAUUAUCCUAUAUUUGUUCCACAUCUUAAAAACAAACUACAAUGGACACAUUUAAAUCCAUUGGAAGUUUUAGAAGAGGUGAAAAAGUUAAAGUUUCAAUUUCCUCUGAGCACAAUGGAGGCGUACAUGAAGAGAGCCGGCAUCACUACCGCCUACAUGAAAAAGCCGUGCUUAGACCCCACCGACCCACACUGUCCAGCCACGGCACCAAACAAAAAGUCUGGCCAUAUUCCAGACGUAGCGGCGGAGCUGUCUCACGGAUGUUACGGUUUCGCGGCGGCUUAUAUGCACUGGCCCGAACAGUUAAUUGUCGGGGGAGCUACGAGGAACUCGACGUCGGCCCUUCGAAGUGCACGCGCUCUACAGACCGUAGUUCAGUUGAUGGGCGAGAGAGAAAUGUACGAGUACUGGGCCGAUCAUUAUAAAGUACAUCAAAUUGGCUGGAAUCAAGAGAAGGCAGCCGCCGUACUGGAUGCCUGGCAGAGAAAGUUUUCCGCUGAAGUAAAAAAAAUUACUACCUCAGGAUCAGUAUCACCGGCUUAUAGCUUCUAUCCUUUCUCCACCUCAACCCUUAAUGAUAUACUUGGAAAAUUCUCCGAAGUGUCACUAAAGAACAUCAUUUUAGGCUAUAUGUUUAUGUUAAUUUACGUUGCCAUUACUUUGAUACAAUGGCGGGACCCAAUACGUUCACAAGCAGGCGUGGGUAUAGCUGGAGUUCUUCUUCUCUCCAUAACUGUUGCCGCUGGCUUAGGAUUUUGUGCUUUAUUAGGAAUACCAUUCAACGCUUCAAGUACUCAAAUAGUGCCGUUCCUAGCACUUGGGCUAGGAGUUCAAGAUAUGUUUCUACUUACUCAUACGUACGUGGAGCAAGCGGGGGAUGUGCCUAGAGAGGAAAGAACAGGUCUCGUAUUAAAAAAGAGCGGUUUAAGUGUACUUUUGGCGUCCUUGUGCAAUGUUAUGGCGUUUUUGGCUGCAGCUCUUUUACCUAUUCCAGCCUUCCGAGUAUUUUGUUUACAGGCUGCCAUACUUCUCCUCUUCAACUUGGGAUCAAUGUUGCUGGUUUUUCCUGCCAUGAUCUCACUAGACCUCAGGCGUAGAUCGGCUGCGAGAGCUGAUUUAUUAUGUUGCUUGAUGCCUGAAAGUCCGCUACCGAAGAAAAAAGUCGCUGAAAGAAGUAAAACUAGAAAAAACGACAAGACACAUAGCGCGGAUACUACGAGGCAGCCUUUAGACCCAGAUGUAUCCGCUAAUGCAACCAAAACUUGCUGUCUAAGUAUCUCACUCACCAAGUGGACCAAGAAACAUUACGCACCUUUUAUCAUGCGCCCCUCUGUUAAGGUUAUGUCCAUGUUAGCAUUGAUAGCAAUUAUCCUAACCAGUGUCUGGGGAGCUACGAAAGUAAAAGAUGGCUUAGAUUUAACCGAUAUUGUACCGGAAAAUACAGGCGAACACGAAUUUCUAUCCCGCCAGGAAAAAUACUUCGGGUUUUAUAAUAUGUAUGCUGUGACACAGGGUGAUUUUGAAUACCCUACCAAUCAGAAGCUGUUAUAUGAGUAUCACGAUCAAUUUGUCAGAAUACCUAAUAUAAUUAAAAAUGAUAAUGGUGGUCUUACAAAGUUUUGGUUGAGUUUGUUCCGCGAUUGGUUGUUAGACUUGCAAGUCGCCUUCGACAAAGAAGUCGCCAGUGGCUGUAUAACUCAAGAGUAUUGGUGCAAGAAUGCCAGCGACGAAGGUAUUUUAGCUUAUAAACUUAUGGUACAGACAGGCCAUGUUGAUAAUCCGAUCGAUAAAUCUCUCAUCACGGCGGGCCACAGAUUAGUUGAUAAAGAUGGUAUUAUAAAUCCGAAAGCAUUUUAUAAUUAUCUGUCUGCGUGGGCUACAAACGACGCAUUGGCGUAUGGGGCAUCACAAGGGAACUUAAAACCUCAACCUCAAAGAUGGAUACAUUCUCCAGAAGAUGUGCAUUUAGAAAUAAAAAAAUCGUCACCAUUGAUUUACACCCAGUUACCAUUCUACCUUUCCGGCCUCAGUGACACCGACAGCAUUAAAAGUUUGAUAAGAUCGGUGCGAGAUUUGUGCUUGAAGUAUGAAGCAAAAGGUUUACCGAAUUUCCCAUCCGGCAUUCCGUUUCUUUUUUGGGAACAGUAUUUAUAUUUGAGGACGUCUUUACUGUUGGCUUUGGCGUGCGCUUUGGCAGCUGUAUUCAUUGCUGUAAUGGUGCUCCUACUAAACGCGUGGGCCGCUGUGCUAGUAACGCUGGCGUUGGCGACAUUAGUGUUGCAAUUACUGGGAGUGAUGGCUCUGUUGGGGGUGAAGCUAUCUGCGAUGCCGGCCGUGCUGCUAGUAUUGGCCGUUGGAAGGGGAGUCCAUUUUACUGUGCAUUUGUGCUUGGGUUUCGUAACAUCGAUAGGUUGUAAGCGUCGUCGUGCAUCGCUGGCACUAGAGUCUGUACUGGCGCCAGUGGUGCACGGAGCACUGGCGGCCGCGUUGGCUGCCUCUAUGCUAGCAGCCAGUGAGUUUGGUUUCGUCGCCAGACUCUUCUUAAGAUUGUUACUGGCACUAGUGGUCUUGGGACUAGUCGACGGCCUACUGUUCUUCCCGAUAAUCCUAUCGAUAUUGGGACCGGCUGCUGAGGUGCGGCCGCUGGAGCACCCCGAGCGGCUGUCGACGCCGUCGCCGCCGCGCUCGCCCGCGCGCGCGCGCCGCGCGGCCGGCGAGCGAGCGCGCGCGCGCCCCGCGCCGCGGCCCAGCGCGCCGUCGCUCACCACCAUCACCGAGGAGCCGUCCAGCUGGCACAGCUCCGCGCACUCCGUGCAGUCCUCCAUGCAGUCCAUUGUGGUGCAGCCCGAGCUCGUGGUGGAGACCACCACAUACAAUGGCAGCGAUUCUGCGUCGGGACGGUCGACGCCCACCAAGUCGUCCCACGGUGGAGCUAUUACUACUAAGGUAACGGCCACGGCGAACAUUAAGGUCGAAGUGGUCACGCCUAGUGAUAGAAAGUCGCGCCGCUCUUACCACUACUACGACCGUCGACGGGAGCGAGACGACGACAGGGACAGUAGAGAUCGUGACAGGGACAGGGAUCGUGACCGAGACCGUGACAGGGAUCGCGACCGGGACAGGGACCGGGAUAGGGACCGUUCGAGGGACAGGAGGGACCGAUACAGGGACGAGAGAGACCACCGCGCGUCGCCGAGAGAGAACGGCAGAGAUUCUGGACACGAAAGUGACUCGUCGCGUCAUUGA